GAUAGUUGCGCUGCGAAAUCCAAAAUGGCGCUGCCCAUGAAAAUUUUGGAUUUCUUUAGAAUCAUCCAUAUUUCGAGGAACUGGUCCGUUUAGAAAAACUGUAACAACUAGAUGCCAUGAGCAUUAAAGCCUUUGACCUUGUGCCCGCUAUUGAGCGGGUGCAUCUUAUGUCAGAAAAAGCGAAAACACAGAUUGAAUGUAUCGAUGUGUGUGGGAAGAAUCUGUAUAUUGGCACAAAUGAUUGUUUUGUUGUGCAUUAUAUCAUUGAAGAGAGAAGCUCUCAUUCUGGAAAGACAAGUUUCCAUAGUGAUAAACAAGGUCACAAGUACCUCACCUUGAAAAAGCCAAUUGUACAACUGAAGGCAGCAUCGGCUUUGAACAGAAUCCUUGUACUAUGUGACCACAACCUUACCAUGCUUAACAUGCUUGAUCUUGAGCCUGCAGUGGGAGGAGCUAAAAUCAAAGGAGUGACCCAUUUUUGUUUGAAUGAGAAUCCAGUACAGAGUAGUCCAUUUAGUGUGGAGGUGUGUGUAGCACUGAAGAAAAAGCAGUUACAGUUAUACAAUAUUACAGAUGAUAAGAUGAUACAUGUGAAAGAUAUAUCUCUGUCAGAACCAGCCAGUGUCAUAGGUUUGGAUGGGCAUGUAGUAUGUGCAGCAAUGAUGUCACUGUAUUGUAUGGUAAAUUAUGAGACAGGACAGAACACAGAUCUUUUCCCUAUUGAUACAGAACAUACACUACCUAUUGUGAAAAGGAUCAGUAAGGAGGAAUUUCUUUUGACUGGUCCCAGUGCAUUAGGUAUGUUUGUAACAUCAGAAGGCAUUUCUCAGCGACCGCCAUUGCAAUGGUCUGAAAACUUACGGAGUGUUGGUUAUGUACAUCCAUACAUCAUUGCCAUGAAUGAUGAGUUUAUUACAAUACACAGUAUUUUAGAUCAGCAGCAAAAACAGGCUAUACCUUUCCAAGGUGGGGUCGUGCUCAAUGAUUUUGAUGGACGUUUAUUUAUAGCCUCUCAGAAAGAAAUAUACUCCUUGGUGCCGGUUGCUUGGGAGAAACAGGUUCAAGGUCUGCUGGCAGACAAAAGGACUCAGGAGGCUCUGGACCUAGCCAAGAAUGCCAACCACGCUGGACUAACCAAAGAUAAAUUCUUAAAGAUAUAUCGCAGAAUACAGCAACAGGCAGCAUUUAUAGAGUUUUCACAGAGAAAUUUUGACGAGGCUCAAGAUCUAUUUAAAAGUGGUCAAGUUGACAUAAGAGAGGUAAUCAGUCUGUACCCAAGACUGAUGCCAUCCAGUAGUAGUUUUCAACGCAGUAUGCCUGGCCUGCACGAGAUCGCGGAUAUAAAUCAGUUGGCACGUGGAGACCAGAAUGUGAUAUCUCAGUACAAAACCUUCCUCAUCACAUACCUAGAGGACAUCAGAGGCACCAAAGACAGUCAUGGUCUCAAACAGGAGAUUGAUGUCGCAUUAUUAAAACUUUAUGCAGAGCGGAAUUCUCCAGAGUUAGUUCCCCUUGUAGAAGAAGAUUCAGGUUGUGAAUUAAAGGAUUGUGUGGAAUGGUUGGAGAAAUACAAUCGCCAUCAUGCACUAGCAUUGUUAUACAAAUAUCAUGGAGAUAAUGAUAAAGCAUUAAAUAUAUGGACUAGGCUUGUGAAUGGAGAUAUACAAGAUCAAUUAUUUCCUGGUUUUGAGUUUGUAGUAAAUUUUCUUUCAAGUUUAAGUGACCAUGACUUAGUCUGGAAAUAUAUUGACUGGGCUUUAGAAAGGGACCAGGAAUUUAGUAUUAAGAUUCUGACAGAGCGUCCAGCCCAGGAACCUCCCUCAGAGAGAUUACGAUCUGAUACUGUGAUAGAUUAUUUACAUAGAUACCCAAAAGCUGUUGUCACAUACCUGGAGUAUUUGAUAUUUCAACGAAAACUAGAGAAAGAGAAAUACCACACCCAUUUAGCAGUGUUAUAUUUAGACAAUGUACUGCAGUUAAUGAAGAAUAAUAGUGUGAAAAAGGAACAAAUUGAUAUGGCCAGAUCCAAGUUGCGGCAUAUGUUACAGAUGUCAAGCCUGUAUCGUGUACAGUUGAUUCUUGGCAAAGCCAAGGAACAAGAGAUGCAUGCUGAGUGUGCAAUAUUGUAUGGCAAGCUAGAGGACCAUGAAAAAGCACUGAAGAUUUUGGUUCACAAGUUACGAGAUUACGGAGCUGCUGAAAACUACUGUCUCGUCAACUCGGAGGGGCAUGACUCAAACUACAGAAAACGUCUCUUCCAUAUACUUCUUAGUGUGUACUUAGACCCUGCAAAUGAAAAGAAAGAUUUAAUGGUAGAACCAGCAAUAAAACUGCUCAACAGUAAUGUUGCCGACUUUGAUGUUGCUAAGGUGAUACAAAUUAUACCUGACAACUGGUCAAUAGCAUUAUUGUCGGAGUUCUUGAAGAAAGCUGUACGUACCAACAUGCAUUCGCAGCGUAUGACGCGUGUAGAACGCAUGAUGUCCAGGGGAGAGAACCUACUUGUGAAAGAAAUCAGUAUAGAGGAGCAGCGAGAACCUGUUGUCAUGACCGAAGAAAAACUUUGUGCAGUGUGCAAUAGACCAUUUAAUGAACCAUCAUUUGUGCGUUAUCCAAAUGGCAUCAUCACUCAUACACAUUGUGCUAAAAAUAAACAUGUGUGCCCAGUGACUGGAAAACUUUUCUGUACCAAAAAGUCAUGACAACGGGCACAGUAGAGGCAGUACUUCUAGGAUUUUAAUGAAAUUUGUGUCAUAUAUCUCUGGGCAUAUAGCAGAAGAGGAGAUAACCAAUGUACCAAUAUAAAAACCACGCAUAGAGCUGUAUUGUUCAUAUGGAGGAUAUUUCAUUGCUAAGAAAGAUUAUCAACUAAAUAGGUGCUGCUAAAUAAGGAGAUUCUUUCUUAGUUUUCCCAAUAGUGGAAAAGAUAUAUAUAUAUUUUAGAGAGAACUUCGGACAAUCUUUCAUUUCGAGAGACUAUGAAUUCAUUAAUAUUUUAGUCGACACAUGUUCAUGGAUUUGUUAUUUGAGUUGAUCUGCAAAUAUUAAAUCAUCAGUUACAACAAACGUUCAUAUUAAUUUUAAAUUUGCAAUUUGAAAUCCAGGAAUUUAUAUUUGGACAAAAUGACUUGGUGAAAACCAUGAAACAUUAUGCCAACAAAAUUAAACAGUUUCACAAUAUAUUUGUGAACAAGAUAGAGGAAAUAGACAUAUAUGUCCUUGACACGAUGUAUUGAAUUACAAAGGACAAUACAUAUAUAGUCCAGUGUGUGUUGUGUUUUGACUUCAAAAUUCAGCUGAUGUGUAUAAUAAAUACCUUGAUAAAAAUGAGCAAAAAAGUGGUUUUCUGAAAUUUUAUUUUAGUAACUGAAGUAGAUUUUAAUCUGUGUGAAAACUUUCUGUAAAAUUCAUUUCUAGGUUGAUUCUUUCCAUUUUUUUUGUGGGGGGGACGGGGCGGUAGGAGGGGUUUGGGGAAGUUAUUUUUUACCAGCAUCAAAUAAAUCAUUUUUGUUUGUUUGAUAAGCAUUUUAAGGAAAAAUGAAAGCUAUAUUUUUUACAUACAUCGCUAUGGCCCAAAAACUGCACAGACGAAUUCCACAUUUAGACCUCCUUGGAAUGGAGAUCACUUCACUAUUACAGGCAUGUUUUAAAUUUUCUGUUCUUUGUUAGCUCACCUGUCACAAAGUGACAAGGUGAGCUUUUGUGAUCGCGCAGUGUCCGUCGUCCGUCGUCCGUCCGUCAGUCCGUGCGUGCGUGCGUGCGUGCGUCCGUAAACUUUUGCUUGUGACCUCUGUAGAGGUCACAUUUUUCGUGGGAUCUUUAUGAAAGUUGGUCAGAAUGUUCAUCUUGAUGAUAUCUAGGACAAGUUCGAAACUGGGUCACGUGCCUUCAAAAACUAGGUCAGUAGGUCUAAAAAUAGAAAAACCUUGUGACCUCUCUAGAGGCCAUAAUUUUCAAUGGAUCUUCACGAAAAUUGGUCAGAAUGUUCACCUUGAUGAUAUCUAGGUCAAGUUCGAAACUGGGUCACGUGCUUUCAAAAACUAGGUCAGUAGGUCUAAAAAUAGAAAAACCUUGUGACCUCUCUAGAGGCCAUAUAUUUCACAAGAUCUUCAUGAAAGUUGGUCAGAAUGUUCACCUUGAUGAUAUCUAGGUCAAGUUCGAAACUGGGUCACGUGCCAUUAAAAACUAGGUCAGUAGGUCAAAUAAUAGAAAAACCUUGUGACCUCUCUAAAGGCCAUAUUUUUCAUGGGAUCUGUAUGAAAGUUGGUCUGAAUGUUCAUCUUGAUGAUAUCUAGGUCAAGUUCGAAACUGGGUCACGUGCGGUCAAAAACUAGGUCAGUAGGUCUAAAAAUAGAAAAACCUUGUGACCUUUCUAGAGGCCAUAUAUUUCACAAGAUCUUCUUGAAAAUUGGUCAGAACUUUCACCUUGAUGAUAUCUAGGUCAAGUUCGAAACUGGGUCACGUGCCAGCAAAAACUAGGUCAAUAGGUCAAAUAAUAGAAAAACCUUGUGACCUCUUUAAAGGCCAAUUUUUUCAUGGGAUCUGUAUGAAAGUUGGCCUGAAUGUUCAUCUUGAUGAUAUCUAGGUCAAGUUCGAAACUUGGUCAACUGCGGUCAAAAACUAGGUCAGUAGGUCUAAAAAUAGAAAAACCUUGUGACCUCUCUAGAGGCCAUAUAUUUCAUGAAAUCUUCAUGAAAAUUGGUCAGAAUGUUCACCUUGAUGAUAUCUAGGUCAAGUUCGAAAGUGGGUCACAUGCCAUCAAAAAGUAGGUCAGUAGGUCAAAUAAUAAAAAAACCUUUUGACCUCUCUAGAGGCCAUAUUUUCCAUGGGAUCUGUAUGAAAGUUGGUCUGAAUGUUCAUCUUGAUGACAUCUAGGUCAAGUUUGAAAGUGGGUCACGUGCCAUCAAAAACUAGGUCAGUAGGUCAAAUAAUAGAAAAACCUUGUGACCUCUCUAAAGGCCAUAUUUUUCAACGGAUCUUCAUGAAAGUUGGUCUGAAUGUUCAUCUUGAUGAUAUCUAGGCCAAGUUCGAAACAGGGUCAUGUGCGGUCAAAAACUAGGUCAGUAGGUCUAAAAAUAGAAAAACCUUGUGACAUCUCUAGAGGCCAUACUUGUGAAUAGAUCUCUAUAAAAAUUGGUCAGAAUGUUCAUCUUGAUGAUAUCUAGGUCAAGUUUGAAAGUGGGUCACGUGCCAUCAAGAAGUAGGUCAGUAGGUCAAAUAAUGAAAAAACGUUGUGACCUCUCUAGAGGCCCAUUUUUUUCAUGGGAUCUGUAUGAAUGUUGGUCUGAAUGUUUAUCUUGAUGAUAUCUAGGUCAAGUUCGAAACUUGGUCAACUGUGAUCAAAAACUAGGUCAGUAGGUCUUGAAAUAGAAAAACCUUGUGACCUCUCUAGAGGCCAUACCCUUGGAUGGAUCUUCAUGAAAAUUGGUCAGAAUGUUCACCUUGAUGAUGUCUAGGUCAAGUUUGAAACUGGGUCACGUGCCUUAAAAGACUAGGUCAAUAGGUCAAAUAAUAGAAAAACCUUGUGAUCUCUCUAGAGACCAUAUUUUUCAAUGGAUCUUCAUGAAAAUUGGUCAGAAUUUUUAUCUUGAUAAUAUCUAGGUCAAGUUCAAAACUGGGUCACAUGAGCUCAAAAACUAGGUCACUAUGUCAAAUAAUAGAAAAAACGACGUCAUACUCAAAACUGGAUCAUGUGGGAAGAGGUGAGCGAUUCAGGACCAUCAUGGUCCUCUUGUUUUAAUACAUGUAGUGACAAGCAAAAAACAUGUGUUUCGUAAUAAGACUACUCCACAAUUAAGACCAUAUUUCUGACAGAGUCAUUGGUGAUCCUAAUAGGCGAAUUCAGCUGUAAAUGGUUAAUGUAUCUAGCUAAUAACACUCUAGUGCAAGGGAUUGGCAUUAUCUACUUAGUAAUCUUGUGUCUCAAGUUUGGAUCAGACUUUGUAUAGAAAACUGAUACGUUUGUCGUCUUAGUAAAAAAGAUUCUGAGAGGAGCAGUGGUUUAGCAUUAUCCACAUAGCAGGCUUGUCACACAAGUAAGAAUUGGAUUAUGUAUAGUUACAUCUGUUGUGAUGGCAAAAAAAGGAAUCAGUUAUUUGAAAAUGUUUUUCUUCCUUUAAAUGUGAAAAGGAAAUGUUAUGUGCAAUAUAAACAGAGUAUGCAAGUGCUCAUGAUUCAUAGUAAAGAUGUUUUAUGACCUAAUCAUUAUUGAAAUAACACAUAUUGUAUUUUAUUCUUUGCAAGUUUUGAAUGUUGAAACAUUUAAGGCUGAUUUCAUUUUUUUUUCAUCACUCUUUUAUAUACUGGUGUCUUACAAUGAUCUUUUAGCCUAAUCAGUGUUCCAGGAUGCUUUCACCAAUGUCGGUUGGUCCUUUGUUUGACCAUUUGGUCUCUUUUUUACUAAAGAAUGCCUGGGCAUAUAGUUUAUGAACUUAUCAGGAUAAUUGUUCGUUAUCAUUUAGAUGAUCAGUAUUUUUGUUCAGGUUAAAAGUCAAAAGUAAAACUGAAGAAUUCUUGGACCUUCAGCUGUUAGAUUUAGUGAAAUAUCUUGCAGUCAAAGGAUGACGUCUUUAAUUGUUGGAGACAAAAGGUCAAAGACUGUCACUAUGUAAAUGAGACUGAAAGUAACAAUUCUUAGUCAUAAGCUCAAAGGCCAAGGUCACUAUGUACCGGUACUAGAGACUGAAAGUAACAGUACUUAGAGUCAUAAGGUCAAAAGCCAAGGUCAAUACGUACUUGAGACUGAAACUAACAUACCCGUUACUGCCAGCAAGCCAGUAUGAUUAGGGAUGCUUAUAUGCUUUACAAACAGCUCUUGUUUUAAACAAGUACUUCCUAUGUUAUUGUACCCCCCGACAACAAAGUUGUAAGGUUGGGUAUACUGGUUUCAGGUUGUCUGUCUGUCUGUCCGUCUGGCCGUCUGUCCGUAGAUGCAAUCUUGUGCGCACCAUCUCUCCUUAUCCCCUUGACAGAAUUUAAUGAAACUUCACACAAGUGAUCAGUACCAACAGUAGUUGUGCAUGGGGCAUGUUAGGUUCUUUUAGAAAAAAUUUUUGCAGAGUUAUGGGACUUUUUUUUUUUGUUACUAUACUAUAUACAUAGACACAAUCUUGUGCGCACAAUCUCUCCUCAUCCCCUUGACACAAUUUAAUGAAACUUCACACAAGUGAUCAGUCCCAACAGUAGUUGUGCAAGGGGCAUGUUAUGUUCUUUUAGAAAAAAUUUUUGCAGAGUUAUGGGACUUUGUUUUUUUGUUACUAUACUAUAUACAUAGACACAAUCUUGUGCGCACCAUCUCUCCUCAUCCCCUUGACACAAUUUAAUGAAACAUCACACAAGUGAUCAGUAACAACAGUAGUUGUGCAUGGGGCAUGUUAGGUUCUUUCAGAAAAAAAAUUUGCAGAGUUAUGGGACUUUGUUUUUUUGUUACUAUACUAUAUACAUAGACACAAUCUUGUGCACACCAUCUCUCCUCAUCCCCUUGACACAAUUUAAUGAAACUUCACACAAGUGAUCAGUAACAACAGUAGUUGUGCAUGGGGCAUGUUAGGUUCUUUCAGCGACAAAAAUUGCAGAGUUAUGGGACUUUGUUUCUUGUUAACAAACUAUGUACAUACAGUCUGCAUAUGCAAUCUUGUGCGUGCCUAAUCUACCAAACCCUUACACACAAUUUAAUGAAACUUCACACAAGUGAUCAGUACCAACCCAAGUUGUGCAUGGUGCAUGUUACAUUCUUUUAGAUAAAUAUUCUGCAUAGUUAUGGGACUUUGUUUUUUGUUACUAUACUGUAUACAUACAGACUAUAUACAUACAGUCCACAUAAUUAUGCAAUCUUGUGUGCGUCAAAUUGCAAUGUACUGUGUCAGUACCAACCCAAGUUGUGCAUGGUGCAUGUUACAUUCUUUUAGAUAAAUAUUCUGCGUAGUUAUGGGACUUUGUUUUUUGUUACUAUACUGUAUACAUACAGACUAUAUACAUACAGUCCACAUAAUUAUGCAAUCUUGUGUGCGUCAAAUUGCAAUGUACUGUGUCAGUGCAUGCAGGGGGUACAUUCAUCACCUUUAGUGAUAGCUCUAGUUCUUUAAUCUUUUUCCUUCUACUGAAACUGUGUUUUUCCUGGCAAUUAUUUUAAGAGUUCUGUAGAUGCUUAUAAAAGCAUCUGUGUGUAUUCGUAUCUGGAAAUAGUCAAACUAAGAGACAAAAGAUAAAUAAUUUUAUUUCAUUUUCAUUUUAUAAUUUCUGUCAUCUAGUAUAUUUGAGUCUAUAAGUAUAUUCUGUUUAUGUGAUAUUAUUAUGUGAUAAUAAACCAUGAAAAGUU